UAUGGGAUUUGAUUAGAGAAACUUUAGGUGAUGAAAAAAAAAACAAAAAACCUCAAGAACUUCAACCUUCGUCAAAAGGAAAACAAAUCGUUGUAAAUAAAAAUUUUGAAUUACCUUUAACUCGCUUAUUAGAGGGCGACCAUCUUGUUGAAUGGAAACAAAAAAGGGAGGCAUGC